GAGUGGCCAGGCCAGGAAUCCAUCCAAUGUCUGGUUCGCAAGUCUGGCGGUCUCUUCAUUUGGGCUGCAACUGCCUGUUGAUUUAUCCGCGAAGGUAAAGGACGCGCCGCAGAACGACUAGGCAUGAUCGAGGGCGGCGGCUCCUCUGUUAAAGGACCUGAACAGAAACUGAACGAGAUAUACAUCACCGUCCUCGAGAACUCUGUUGGCCAUGACUACGAUGAUGAAGAGAGAGAGGAUUCGUACGAAAUGCUGAGAAAAGUUCUUGGAAGUAUCGUUAUUCUCUUUGCGCCCCUCUCUACCCAAUCUUUGACCAGGUUGCUCGAUAUCCCAAAAAUAAAAGUCGACCAGACGUUGGAAGAUCUACAUGCCAUCCUGGAUAUCCCAAAGCUGCAAAAUCGCCUGAUCCGUCUCCAUCAUCCUUCAUUUCCUGACUUCCUUCUCGACAAAGACAGGUGCGGUAAUCACUUCUGGGUAAAUGGGAAGCAAGCACACGAAGCUUUAGCCAUGAGCUGUAUACAGCUUAUGUCAACUUCUCCGAAGCAAGACAUCUGUGGCUUAGACGCUCCCGGCGUGCCUGUAACCGACGUUGCAAACAGUCGAGUGGAGCAGUGUCUUCCUUCUGAGCUUCAGUAUAUAUGUCUCCACUGGAUUCAGCAUCUCCAGAAGAGCAUACAUCGGUUCUUGCAGAAGCAUCUUCUUCACUGGUUUGAGGCCCUGGGAUGGAUAGGGAAGGUCUCUAAAGCGAUUUAUGCCAUUGCUUCCUUAGAGUCUAUUACAAUGGCUUGUAACUAUCCACAAGUAACUAAAUUUGUCCAUAAUGCAAAGCGAUUCGUCCUCUAUAAUAGGUCAGUAAUCGAGCAAGCUCCCUUUCAGGUAUACUCGAGCGCACUCGUAUUUGCGCCGCUAAUGAGCAUAGUGAGAAAGCAGUUCAAAGACAGCGUACCUCAAUAGAUACGAAGAUUACCAAAGGUUGAGAAUAAUUGGAAUGCAUUAUUACAAACGCUCGAAGGCCAUUUAAGUCCUAUUGACGCCAUAGCCUUCUCGCCGGACGGCAAGCUACUAGCGUCGGUAUCGGGCGACGAGCCAUUGUCGCAAUUAUACGGCAGCACUAUUAAGCUGUGGGAUGCCGGCUCGGGAGAGGUUCUACUGACGCUCAAGGGCCAUCACGUUAAGCUGUGGGGCGGUAUGGAAAAUAUUCUUUGGCUUCCUUCUGAGCAUCGAGCAAACUAUAUCGCUGUUUACGGGAACAUUAUUGGUUUUUGUUAUCCGUCUG